AUGUUAACUUGCAGAACGGACUCCCUCCUACUACCCUUCACAAAAACUACUUUUGCCAGACUCGCUCCACUGUCCGCGAGACUUGCGGCAAACGACGAGAGCAAAGUGCAGGCAACUGAAGAAGCAGGUGCAAUCCUGAAAAGCGAACAAAUCUUUGAAACUGACAUUGGUGAACUGGACAACCGAUCGUCUCCGAGCGGCACCAAACUGAACACAGAUAUAAAUAGAUUCACAAAUUGUGUAGUCCAGUUAUACGAUAUAUUCAAGAAACCCAUCAAAGCUGUACUAGAUCAGAAUCCACGUGUGAGAACCCCCACUGUUGCCAAGCCUUACUCUUGUGACUUAUGCCAUUAUAAAACUGUACGUAAAGAUAACUUGUUGAGGCACACAAAAUCCCACACUGGUGUAAAGCCGUUUUCCUGUGAUAUAUGUAAUUACAAAUGUGCACAAAAAUCUCAUUUAUUACAGCACAUUAAAACCCACACUGGUGAAAAGCCCUUUUCCUGUGAGAUAUGUAAUUACAAAUCUGCACUAAAAUGUACUUUAUUACGGCAUAUUAAAACCCACACUGGUGUAAAGCCAUUUUUCUGUGACCUAUGUAAUUACAAAUGUGCACAAAAAUCUCAUUUAUUACUGCACAUUAAAACCCACACUGGUGAAAAACCAUUUUCCUGUGACCUAUGUAAUUACAAAUGUGCACAAAAAUCUCAUUUAUUACAUCACAUUAAAACCCACACUGGUGAAAAGCCAUUUUCCUGUGAAAUAUGCAAUAAUAAAUAUGCACUAAAAAGUAAUUUAUUAAGACACAAGAUUACCCACACUGGUGAAAAGCCAUUAUCCUGUGAGAUAUGUAAUUACAAAUGUGCGCUAAAAGAUAAUUUAUUAAGACAUAUGAGAACCCACACUGGUGUAAAGCCAUUUUCCUGUGAAAUAUGCAAUAAUAAAUUUGCACAAAAAAGUAAUUUAUUAAGACACACGAUUACCCACACUGGUGAAAAGCCAUUUUCCUGUGAGAUAUGUAAUUACAAAUGUGCGCUAAAAGGUAGUUUAUUAAAACAUAUGAGAACCCAUAAAAAUAAGUGUAAGAAAUAAUAGUUAUGUAUGUCCAUGUGUGUGUUAGAUGUGCAUGUAGGCGUUCUCGGCAAAGGACAAUGUUCAGCGCCACACACUUGCAGGUUAAUGUCCAAAUAUUUUGAUUUUUUGUGUGCAAAGCCUGAGCUGUGGUAGAUGACUACUAAGCGAUAAAGCCGCCUUUUGUACCUACCUACUAAACCUACUGCUUCAACGGUUACGUUACCUACUGCUUAGGCAGGUAGAAAUGAAAGCGGUCACAGAUCUUUAAAAUCUUAAUUACAACAGCUAGAGAAUUGAAAAAACUGAUUCAAGAUAGAAAAAUUUGAAAAAUCCGAAAAAAAAAAAUGUUUCUGGUCACUCUAGGUGAUUACCCAACUACUUAAAUUACCACCUAAUUAUUCAAAUAGGUUUUAGAUAAUUAGGUUUUGUAUUUACCAUUUGCAUUUUAUUCAUUGAUUACAGAAUACCCUAAAUACAUAUCCUGUACGGCACUAAAUAUGACGCUUAGCGCAUUGUAAGGUUCAGGCCAGUGUGGAAGUAAAACGUCGUAGUGCACAAUAACAAAUUCACUAUUUAUUCACUUUUCUUAACUUAGUAACACUUUAUAGUAAUCACCCCAAAAUCUCAAGACUGAAUGCCCGACUCGACCGCAGUCGUCGUACCCCCCUACCGACCUUUUCCCCCGGCUGGUCGGCCGUGAUUGGUCGACGUUUGCGAUUGCUCGAGCUCACUGAUUGUUUGACAUCAAUUGACCAUCUUUUUAUUAAAUAAGAAUCAAAGAGAACACUUUUAAAAUUAAAAGUACAUAUAACAGUUAAUUAGUAGACAUAUAACGUGACGAGCCCAUAUGCGAGCAGCACGGAAGCUUAGUUUCAAAACCCCGCUUCUUGUAUUAAAAAUGAAUUUCCAGUAAGCUGACGGUGAACGACACGAUGGAUCUCCCCACCACCUGCAAAUAUUCGCCGCAAGGCUGUUUGUUCGUCUUUGAAAACUGUGAUCCCAUUCAUGUAAAUUAUCAUUCAUAUAAGUAAUCCUAGGACCUUUAAUUAGAACCGUUAAGCAGUAGGUUUACUACUAUUAAGUAAUUAAUACUACGUUUAGUUCAAAUCAACAGUAAAUAAAUAAGUAAAGGUCAAAAAAACUCAAUCGUCAAAAGGAAAAUCGGGUGCAAACAAAGUCUACGCUUACCACACGACCAUGCCGACUCCAGGCUUGACAAUUGCAUCAAACCUUGCGCAGGCCGCAGACUUCACUUCAUAUCUUGCUGGUGUCCAACACAGUCAUAUCUAUAUUUUAUAUCUAUACUUAUAAUAAAACUGGUCGAUUUCUAUAUUAUAUCAUUUCCU